ACGCUUCCGUCCCUCCCCGUGAUUGGCUGCGAGUCGCCGUCCGUCAGGGCUGUCUAGUCCCCUUCGUUAUUUUCCGUCGCGGUCAGACUUGUCGGGGGGAGGGAUGCUGCGUUAUCGCCUCCAUAGUGCGUCCGGAGGAGCCGCGGCCACCACCGCUGCCUGACACCGCAGCCGCCUCGGUCACUGGAAGCGGGCUUCUGGGAACGGAGAAGGCCUGGGAGGAAACCCCGGGGUGGUGGUGGAAAGGAAUCCGGAAUUGACUUGCCCUGGGCGGGGAAAAGAUUUUGGACUUUGAGGCCGGGGUCUGGGCCGCAUAGUGUGCCCGGGGAUGUGUGAGCGCGUCCGGACUGCGAUACUGCUUAGUGCGUCACCGGGCUCCAGCUAACACCCCACGUCCACGACGGAUUUUGCACUAGGAAGGCAGACCCGGUCGCUUCUUUAUUUCGUACUUGUCAUCUCGCUGCCUUUGGAGUCAUAAAGCCGCAUCCGCACUCAACGAUGAUCGGACCAGCAGACAUGUGUUAAGGAUUACUUCUUCUCCUUUCAGCCGCACUCAUUCAGGAUCCACAAUGAGGGAUGUAAUGCUGAAAUAAUUACGGUUUACUGAUCAAUGGAUAAAGUUGGGAAAAUGUGGAAUACAUUCAAAUAUCGGUGCCAGAAUCUAUUUAGCCAUGAAGAGGACGGAACUCAAAAUAGUGUGGCGGAUGUUAAUGCAAACAGGUGUUUAGGUGGUGGGGAGAAAGCAGAACCUUCCUCUAGUCAGUUACCCGUACAGUCUAAAAGUCAUUUGCUGAGGAAUAUCUCGUCCGAACGAAGCCUGACUCCCUGCAGUAGCUCUAGUAGGAGAAGUGCAAAUUGUGUAUCUGAAAUGCCACAGCUAGUUGAAAUAAGUAUUGAAAAAGACAAUGAUGUGGGCUUUAGUUCAGGUGCCCGACUGGCGCGAAGGGACUCCUAUACUCGGCACGCUCCAUGGGGCGGUAAAAAGAAACAUUCUUGCUCUACCAAAACUCAGAACUCUCUUGACCCUGACAAGAAAAUUGUCAGGCAACGAAGUGGACUCCCGAGAAGGGACCGAAGACACGUCGUAGUAGGAUCAGUUCACGAUAUGGAGGUUGUGUCUAAUAGAGCUAUUGGAAGUCGCAGUUUGAGACAAAGACUCAACGAGACUGUAGGAUUGUGUUUUCCUAUUAGAACAUAUACCAGACCAUCAAAGCCACUUUUUGCAACAAAGAGAAAAAUCCAUCUUUCAGAAUUAAUGCUUGAAAAGUGCCCAUUUCCGCCAGGCUCUGACCUUGCCCAGAAAUGGCACCUCAUUAAACAACACACUGCUCCCGUCAGCCCGCAUUCAAGCAUAUUGGAUACUUUUGAGCAGACUCUGCUUUCCACCGAAGAUGAAGAAGACCGAUUACGUGAGAGACGUAGACUUAGUAUUGAAGAAGGUGUUGACCCUCCUCCCAAUGCCCAGAUCCACACAUUCGAAGCUACAGCACAAGUUAACCCAGUUUAUAAGCUUGGACCAAAACUUGCUCCCGGUAUGGCUGACGUGUCGGCGGACAAUGGUGCAGCAUCCCAUGGUGGUUGUGAGUCUGAAGAAGAUGGCACAACUCUCUGUCUACAGUCACGUCGACAGAAGCAGCGUCAGUUCUCGGGAGACAGCCAUAUGCAAACUAAUAGACAGGGGGCUUGGAAAGUCCACACACAAAUUGAUUAUAUUCACUGCCUUGUGCCAGAUCUAGUAGCGAUCACAGGCAACCCCUGUUACUGGGGAGUCAUGGAUCGCUAUGAGGCAGAAGCGUUGCUGGAAGGCAGGCCAGAAGGCACAUUUUUGCUCAGGGAUUCAGCACAAGAGGACUAUCUUUUCUCUGUGAGCUUCCGACGCUACAACCGAUCUCUGCAUGCUCGCAUUGAGCAAUGGAAUCACAACUUCAGCUUCGACGCCCACGAUCCCUGUGUAUUUCACUCCUCCACUGUUACAGGACUCUUAGAACACUACAAAGAUCCUAGCUCUUGCAUGUUUUUCGAACCCUUGCUUACGGUACCUUUAAAUAGGACUUUCCCUUUCAGCCUGCAGUACAUCUGCAGGGCAGUCAUUUGCAGGUCUACCACCUAUGAUGGUAUUGAUUUCCUUCCCCUGCCAUCCAUGUUACAAGACUUCCUUAAGGAAUAUCAUUAUAAGCAAAAGGUCAGAGUGCGGUGGCUGGAGAGGGAACCGGUUAAGUCGAAAUAAUAAAAGAAAACCUAUUUCUGUU